CCAGUGUCUGCCUGGACGCUGCCAUGCUUCCUGCCUUGCUGAUAAUGGACUGAACCUCUGAACCUGUAAGCCAGCUCCCGUUUAAGAGUUCUCCCUUACAAGAGUUGCCUUGGUCAUGGUGUCUCGUCACAGCAAUGGAAACGGUAAUUAAGACAUAUAAGUUAGAAUAACAACAUAGAAUAUCAUUGCCUUUAAAAGCAUCUCAUCAGCCUGCGGCCACCUGUUCCGCCAUGACAGGAGAGCUUCAAACAGUGGUUUUGGCUACUGGUUUAGUUACAGACUCUGGUUUUGAAAUUCAGUUAUCCAGUUUCUUCUUAUUGUGUGUGUGUGUGUAAGUGUGCAUGUUGUGUGGAGAUGGGUAUCUUUAUUCCUUGCUUGCUCGUCACCUUCUUUUUUAAUUUAAAUUAAAGAUUUAUUAUUUUGUGUGUGUGUGUAUGAAUGAAAGUUAGAGGACAGCUUGCAGGAGUCAGUCUUCCUGUGCACCAUGCGGCUUCAGUGGAUUGAAAUCAGGCCUUCAUAGCUGGUUGGUGGCAAGCACCUUUACCCAGUGGUCUAUCCCACUAGUCCUUACCUUAUUUACUUGAGACAGGAUUUCACUGAAUUUCAAGCACAUUGGUUUUGUUAGGCUGAUUGGCCAGCAAGCCCCAGAGUUCCUCGUGUGUCUGCUGGACCCAGAUUUUUGCAUGGGUGAAUGGUCUUCAUGCCUGCACAGCAAGUGCUUUAGCAACUGAGCCAUCUUCCCAGCCCCCCUCCUGCCCCACCUCCAGAAGACAUUAUGAUAGUAUUAAGAUAAUAUUAAGUAGUCCUUUAUCUUAGUGUAAGCUGUGUAAUUUUCACCUUUGUUAGACAUCAACACAGUCAGAGAGUACAAGCUUAUUCCCUCCCUACCCUGCACACUGACUGCUGCUGGUUUGGAGGCGUUUGAACUGGCAACCUUUCCAAUUUUCUCUUCCUGGGUUUCAAUCAUGAAACUCAGGUUAAACUUAAAGAGUCACGAGUCUUCAGCCUUGCACUGUGGAGUGCAGCAGUUUGCAGGAUGCGUUUGUCUUCCACACUGCGUGCUGUCUUAGCCUCUGACACAAGCUGCCAUAUGAGAUGUGUGAAUGAAUGAGUGAAUGAAAGAUUUACAGGUGACUACGGGACAGACAAUUAGUGAUUUCGCCUGAUGAAGGAGAUAGAUGAGAGGUCCUGAUGUAGGGCAAAGAUGAGCAUGUUAGCUAGAGCAACUCUCCUGCUCCCUUCUGGUGGACGAAGCUUUACUUGGCUUUCAGAGGCCUUUUGCCUGAUUGGCGAGCUCUUUGUUCCCUUCCCAGUCUCCCUGCUUUGGCACCCUGCUCUCAGCCUGUCACUGAAUGUGAGGGUGCACUCUUUCUUUGUCCAUCCCCCCUCCCCCAUCCAGGAAUCUGGAGACAAUCACCUUGCUUGGGGAAGAUGGGCACACAUUUGAUAUUGAAAAGGUUCAGGUUCUAGGUCCACCUAUUCGUGGCUUCUCAGGUCUUCAAAAUCUGGUUGAAGGAAUGCACAUUUUAUAGUGUUACAGCAAAAUGUUACUGUAUAAAUUGCCACAGCUACAGACUUUUCUGCAAAGCCUUACAAAAGAGAGAGAAAGAAAAAGAAAAAGAAAAUAAAGCCCCCCCCCCCGCAACCGCACAACAAAGUAUUAAGAUGGAUGGAGUGAAGGUAGGCAGAAGUUCCUUUCUGCUUCUUAGCCCAAGGUCCCUACACACCCCAAACCCCAAGUCUAGAAUAAAGCCCUAUCUUCAGAAUGCUGUAACUACAAGAAAACUAUCUUGGUAAACAGUAUACGAAGCUUGUAAAGUUUUUUCUUUAAAAGCCCACUCAUCAGCUCCCCAGCGCACGGAGGCAGCAGGCUUCCAUUACCAUCAGGCUUGGUGUCUUCUCUUCUCCCUCAUGUUUUGGAGCACAGCUGAUUGUGGUGCUACUGCAGCCAGCUGGGACUGAGGGGAGGAGCUGGGAAAAGGCCGUGGAGUAUUUAAACUUCCUACUUACUGAGCAUGUGCAGCAGUCUCCGGCAGAGGCAGUGGUGCUCAGCGCAAGCUUUUCCUUAAAGCCCAUGAAUAGCUCAGGGUCAUCAUUAAAAAGCAAGCAGUUGGGGCUGGAGAGAUGGCUCACGAGGACGUGUACUGCUCUUGUAGAGGAUGUGUGUUCCCAGCGUCCACAUCAGGUGGCCCAUGACUACCUGUAACUCCAGUUCCAGGGAAUCUAGUGCCCUGGACACGUGCUGGUACCUGCACUCGUGCGCACAUGAAUGCACACAUACAUAUAAUUCACAAUAGUUAUUUUUCAGAAAUUGAGCAACUAGAACUUUGUAUGAACAGGAAGCCUAGGUAUGACGGAUCAGCCACUUUGAAGCUGGCUAGCUGCUGUCCUUAGAUGUGUAAUUUCCAUUUUGUUCAUGUGUUUAAGCACCUAGCUCUCAGCAUAGAAGGCGAUUUUUGUGUUCUCUUGGGUUUCUCUGGACCUUGUGUGGAGGAACUCCGCAAAAAGUGGGCUGAGUCAGGUGGGAUUCCUAGUGUCUGCUGCUUCCUCAUGCCCACAGAUCUUGUGUCUGUGUCCCUAAUGGUGGGAAAGUGACGUUGGGUGGGAAGGCUGUUGGAAAUGUCUGGGGAGGAAUCUGGAAAACAUGGGCGUGACGUGCAUGGAAGAGAGUGGCGCCUGUGUCCAGGUUUUCCUUUGACAUUUCUGGUUCAACUCUGACGGCUUUUCAUCCCUGAGGAAAAAUAAUGGUGAGGCCACACUUGAGGAAAGCGUGAAGAACCCAGGCCAGAAGAUAAGAAAAGUUACAAGACUGUCACAGUGUAGCAGUUAGAUUCCCUUUGGACAGGAGAGGACCUCAAGCCCCAGAGCUGCACUAACAGCUCGAGUCCCUAAGUUACGGGGACUCCAGUCUAGGUCAGACCACAGCUAGUGAACAACUUCAGCACCAAUAAGUUAUUGAAAAUGGGACUUCACACCAUUAAGAAAUCUAAUAAUGGCUGGAUAUUCAAAUGUCAAGGUCAAGAUAUAAUUUGAAAGACACCAAAUUCCCGAGGGGUUGGGAGGAGAUCCUUUGUAAUAGCAUCUUCACAUUAACAUUACGAUAGUAGUUGUACUCUUGCUUUAAAUUGUAUGCAGUCUGGGCAUAUCAAACAUAUAAUGAUAUUUAAGAAGUAAAAUUGAAGCCCUAAUCCCAACUCUACCACUAUAGUGAAGUGACUCAACACUGCACAUUUAAGAAGAUCUAUUCUUCCAAUAGCAAGUCAAUAAAGCAUCUGUAGGACAAUUUCUACUGAAAAACUUAAAUACCUUAUUAUUUGUGCAGUGCUGUAAAUUUCCUGCAACUCUAAUUUCUUUUUUAACACAAACAAUGACUUUUUAAAUAUACACAUUAUAUGCAUUCAGUAUUCAAGUAAAAUUCCCUAACAGUUAAUGACAUUUAAAAAAAAUGUGCAAAACUGCAAAACUCAUUGUAAUAAAAUGUGUAAGGUCAAAGGGGCGGGACGUCUGACAGCCACUGGACUGAGGAUGCGCAUCAUCAAUCUCUAGAAAAAAAAAAACAACCUGCUUACUGUUGAAUCUCAAGUUGAAAUUUCCUGUGAAGAAUUAUAAAGUAUUUAAGGAGAAAAACAAACUGGCAGCCAGCACAUGAAGCAUCCACAGUAUGUAUAUGAUUGAAAAUUAAUAAAAAUAAAGGUAAGGUGUUGACUGAUGUAGGGACUAAUAGCACCUGACUCUUAGCACUGGGAAAGGAAGUCUUUUUAAUGUUAAGGUUUUAUUUGCUCUCACGAAUAAAAUGUAGCUCAUUUUUUAACGUUGUUAAAUUAAGUAACUAUACCAGUUGCUAUCUUGAAUCAGUAAAAGCCAGUUUCCCAUGGGUGCUCAGCUGUGCCUCAGAAGACAAGUGUCAGUUUAUCAAUGGGUGUAUAGCAGGCUGGAGAGAUGGCUCAGUGGUUUGACAUCGGGACCCACAUGAUGAGUAAGAGAACUGGCUCCCACAGGCUGCUCUCUGACAUCUACAUGUGUGCACUGGCACUUGAGCACUCGUGCACACACACACACACACACACACACACACACACACUAAUUGGAAAAACAAUUGGAAAGAUGCAUAUCCCUCAAAGUGGCUCAGUGCUCGCUCCUCCCCUGGGCUUCAGAUGGAAAGGGUUCUGCGGUUGCUGCAAGUGCCUGAGGUGGGACAUAGUAGUAGUGAAAGUCAUGCCCAGAAAGGAAGGAGAUCCAGUGCAAGAUGACUGUGGGCGUGGAGAGACUUGUGGAGAGCAGAGCAUGUGGGGAAAGAAACUGGAGUCCACCUGCAGCCUUAUGGAUGGCUUCCAGGAAUGUUUGGGACACUACAGAGGACUUGGGCAGUGGCCACUUGACCUAGAAGAACCAGAAACCUCAGCUUGUAGCGGGCAUGCUAAUAGGAGGGAGAAACACCUUGGGUUUUACUUGCACGUUUAGCCACACUGUAGAGCAUGUGGAGUCAUAUCACACUUGGGAGUAGCUGCAGGUUUUGUAAACAAAGUACAGGCAAAUAAGAGCUAGAAGCACAGAGUGUGGGCGCUAAGAGCCGCAGCACAUCUGCGAAGCCCUGUGUGCCGGCUCCACUGGAGGUGGUGGCCGUGCUGUGUUCACGAGGUCUUCACCACAUCUGCGAAGCCCUGUGUGCCGGCUCCACUGGAGGUGGUGGCCGUGCUGUGUUCACGAGGUCUUCACAGAAGCCCCAUGCGGAAGACAUUGUUUCUCUGCUUCAUAGAAAAAUUAACCAGGGCUGCCAAGGUGAAAAGAUCGGUAAUCAAAGCUUCUCAAAUUCCCUAAGUCUGUGAGUCUCUUGGGGAUAUUGUUUAAAAGUACUGACUCAAGAGCUCUGGGAAGAGGACUGGGGCUCUGUGGGUCUCACAUCCAGCUGUGGUGACUUUACUAGAGUCAUCUAGGAGUUGGAACCAGCCUCCCUGUGGUCUCUCCACCCUCUGAGCAGAUUUGGUUGAUGUGUCCUGGCACCCAAGUUAUACAGCAAAGUGAGCCCUGGGUUCAGGGAAGGGGAAAAGAGUGGGGGGUCACAUGGCAGAGGUUGUUUCUGUGAGCAGAGGAGUCUAUCAAACUGAAAGCCUAGUGUACUGUGAAGACAACUAGUGUUAAACUGAGGAGUUUAGCUAAAGAGUAUGUAUGGGUUUAUAUUGCUUUGUGAAUUAGUGUAUUUAGCUUAAGACUGCUACUUCAGAAUUUCCUUCAAAGAUGUAUUAAUUGCUAUGUGGGGUUCCCCACCCCUAUAAUUAAUAGACACGACUGAUAUGUACAAUUUUGACUGCUACCAAACCUAAUAUGCUUGGGAUACUGUAUAAUUAAGAUCUCUGUCCCCUUUGUAGAUUGUGUAUUUGCACACCAAAUUGAGAAGCAGAUCAGAAGUGCUUCUAGACAGAUGUAAUAGUAUACACCCCCUUGGAUGACCCUGACCAUAGAUAGCAUGCUUAGGCUUAAAAUUUAAUGAAGUUUAGGUUUUUGCAUUUUUGUGCUCUGUAACCCACUACUCCUGUGGCAAGCCGAUUCCACACCCUGUCUGCAGCUGUCCUUGGCAAAGAUCUCAUAGCUCUGACUCCUCAGCCAUUGUGGGCAUCUCUAAGGCAAUCUAAACUUCAUUUUCAAAGCUUCCCUCAGUGGUCCCUCAGGGCCUCCAUGUAGGCAUCCUGGCCUCAUGGCUGAUCUCAGGCACUUCCCUUAACCUUUGAGGAAGAUAGUACAGUCCCCCUUUCCUCCUGUCUCCUUCAUAGCUCUAAAGCCAGCACCACCUGGCAGAUGUUGCUGUAGCUUCUGCUGCUUGUUUGGGGCCCCGCUGGAGUUAUGGUGUUUAAUUUGUCUUUGCUCUUUAAGAACAGAUAAUUCCUUAGGCCUUUUUACAAGCUGUAGGAUUGGCUGAGUGGGGUCUGCCUUAGGGGCACCAUUCACACACACAAAUACACACACACACACACACACACACACACACACACACUCCAUUAUCAUCUUUUCAACACAACCAUGGCUCCAGCAUUAUGUUUCUUAGUGUCGUUUUCUCCUCAAAGUGUACAUUUUGCAUUGCUUUUUGCCCCCUCGUUCCUUUUCAUUGUAGUUCAGCAUAACAGUGAUUAUUAAUAACAGUAUGACAGAAUUAGUACUAAGGCUGUCUUGAAAUCUCCUUUGCCAAUGAAAUUAUUUCAAAACUCUUCCCAGUUUAACUCUAGUCAGAUUCUUAGGACAGGAGCAGAAAGCAGUCACAUUCUUUGCCAAAAUAUCACAAGAAUGGUCUUUAACAACAUUGCUGAUAAAGUUCCCUUCGGAAACUUCUUGAGCUAGGCCUCCAGAGUUCACGUUGUUCUCAGUACUGCUAUCUUCCAAACUCCUACUAGAAUGUUCCAUUAAAGGCCUUCUAAAGCAUUUAACCACUUUUCUAGUCCUACGUCAUAAAAUCUUCCACUUUCCUCCAAAAGCCAUGGUCAGACCUGUCAGAAUAGUAGCCCACUCCCUGCCAUGAGCUCCUGUCUUAGUUACUUUCCUACUUCUGUGAAGACACACUGUGACCUAGGUAAUUUGUAGAAACAAUGGUUUACUGUAGGUUUUCUUACCUCAAAGCUCACUCAUAGUUACAGACCUCAUCUAAUAAGGCCACACCUCUUAAUCCUUUCCAAACAGUUCCGCCAACUAGGGACCAUUCUCAUUAACACAGCCCAGUAAUGAACCCCUCCUGAAAGCAGAUUGCAAGCUCUGUUUCUAACACAAAGAACCAAAGGGUUUCCCUGAAUAAAAGCUGGUACUGAGGAGUUGCUCCUUCCUGUCUUCUUGUUGAUCUGAUGGCGAGUUGAGUUGUGGGCUCCCCAAAGGAGUUCCCUCUGCUCUUCUCACUAGCUGCUUUCCGGCUCCUGCUUUAGGGACUCCGGCCGAGACCAGAUGGUCUCUGUCAUUGCCUUAUUCCACACUGGGGGAGUAGCUCUUCCUCCAAAAUUCCAUCUAUGGGCAGAGAGUUUUCCUUGGACAGUACUUCAAACUCCUUCAAAGACCAGUGCAGAUGUCUGCACCUCAUGAUAAGUGCCCUUACAAAGUAGCCACUGAGUUGGGGGAUGCCCUUUUUUGGCGUGCUUUAUAUAUCUAUAUCUAUAUCUAUAUCUAUAUCUAUAUCUAUAUCUAUAUCUAUAUCUAUCUAUCUAUCUAUCUAUCUAUCUAUAUAUAUCUUUUCAUAUAUAUAUAUGGGAAAGAUCUCAGUGGGCCAAUAAUCCUCUUUAAACAGACAAACAACAAACUGAGGCUCCGUUGAGUCAAAAUGCCCCAUGCUCUACUGAAUAUGCUCAGGCCAAAGUACCACCUCUAGUAUGGCCAACAUUGGCCAGAGGGUGGAUUGUUUGGCUUCCAAAUUCUAAGAGACCUUGGCUUCUUUCUUCCUGUGGCACAGGGAGAGUGCUGUGAGGCUCCCUGGUUCAAGCCUUCGUGUGCCUUCUCUCUGCUGCUCCUGUUCUACUUCUCUACCUUCUCUGCAGCCCACUCGACACUCGCCUUUCUAAAUCCUUAGACUGAAAACUCUCCAGAAAGUUGUUGCUCUGGCUGGCUGAAGAGCACCCGUUCCUUGCCUGUCAUCACUUCCUACCCCCCACUUCAUCCCUUGCUAAUCAGCUGUAGCUCUCCAGCCAGCCAGCCAGCCAGCCUCAGCCCAGGCCAGAUAAGGGAGGUUGGUCCAGAAUGCUUACAUUCAGGUUCCCUUCCUGUGGCUCCACUUUGAAUCACCUGACAUGACAGCUCAUGGCUGCUGCCCUCUUCCCUUUGAAAAGCUUUCUGUCUAGACGUCCUUCCCUCAGUAUUCCGCUGGUUUCCUCCUUGAGGCUGGCUGUACCGUUGUUUCCCCAGCAGGGUUUGCCUCCAGGCUGCCAGAGGUAACAGGGAGGUAACAGGUAACCGCAGCUGAUCCCACAUGCUUGUGGCUUCUUUCUAACACAGCCUCUCCCCUCCCCCACUGCUGGAGCGUGGCUACGGAAAACCACGGUUUACCCUGGAUAAUAGUCUAGGACACAAAGUCCUUCCUUGCUUACAGUCCACUUUUACCUGAUUCAGCUCUUAAGUUACAUUUUAAAAGAGCUAGUUUGUGUCCAGUACUCACUUCUAAAUCCCCCUUUUAGCCUACAAAUACCCUCAGCCACACCUCCUUCUCAUUCUCUUCCUACCACAGGGACUCAUCCACCAGAGACCCAGAGCAGUAAUCCCCUCUUCUGAACUCUAUCCCCACCUCGGGGCUCCCAGACCGGCCACAGCACCACUCUCACAAAGCCACAAAAGACAAGACGGUGUGAGCCUUCUAAGUAGCAUAUGGCAAAACGUUAGGCCAAGCUGUGACAGCCCCUGUGGUUAAGAACCUGUGCCUUCUGAACUUCUCUGCUGCUGUGGAUGGCCCCGGCUGUCUUGACUGCCCUUCCCAAUAGGAUGUCACUGAGAUCCCUCAAGUGGAGCCUGCUGCUGCUGUCCCUGCUGAGCUUCCUGGUGAUAUGGUACCUCAGCCUCCCCCACUACAAUGUGAUCGAGCGCGUCAACUGGAUGUACUUCUAUGAGUAUGAGCCAAUUUACAGACAAGACUUUCGCUUCACGCUCCGCGAACACUCGAACUGUUCUCAUCAGAACCCAUUCCUGGUCAUCCUGGUGACCUCACGCCCCUCAGAUGUGAAAGCCAGACAAGCCAUUAGAGUUACUUGGGGUGAGAAAAAGUCCUGGUGGGGAUAUGAGGUGCUCACGUUUUUCUUACUAGGCCAGCAGGCUGAAAGGGAAGACAAAACGUUAGCCCUGUCCUUGGAGGAUGAGCACGUUCUCUAUGGUGAUAUUAUACGGCAAGACUUUCUAGACACAUAUAAUAACUUGACCUUGAAAACCAUUAUGGCUUUCAGGUGGGUAAUGGAGUUUUGCCCCAAUGCCAAGUAUAUCAUGAAAACAGACACUGAUGUUUUCAUCAACACUGGCAAUUUAGUCAAGUAUCUUUUAAACCUAAACCACUCAGAGAAGUUUUUCACGGGCUAUCCUCUAAUUGAUAACUAUUCCUAUAGAGGAUUUUUCCAUAAAAACCACAUUUCAUACCAAGAGUACCCCUUCAAGGUGUUCCCUCCCUACUGCAGCGGGCUGGGCUACAUUAUGUCCGGCGACCUGGUGCCCAGGGUCUACGAGAUGAUGAGUCACGUGAAGCCCAUCAAGUUUGAAGACGUUUAUGUUGGCAUCUGUUUGAAUUUGUUAAAAGUGGACAUUCAUAUUCCAGAAGACACAAACCUUUUCUUUCUGUACAGAAUCCACUUGGAUGUAUGUCAGCUCAGACGCGUGAUUGCAGCCCAUGGCUUUUCUUCCAAGGAGAUCAUCACAUUCUGGCAGGUGAUGCUGAGGAACACCACAUGCCAUUACUAAGCCCAUCCAUCACCCAUCUAGGCAAGGGAGGAAGGACACUGUAGACAGGGUCAGAGUUAGCACUGUGGGAAACUCGGGAAGUUGAGCAUGCUGGUUUGCCUGGGCUGAAACUCAUGGAGCUCCCUAGACAGGAGUCAAGGCCUGAACUUAGUGAUUGCUUUCACAGAAUUUAACUUGGGUCGUUUAAAGGUGACAGAGGAGUCAAACAUAAUGCAAACGAAGAGUUUUGCUAACCAAAUCAAAGGGUCAGACAGUCUGGAUGGCUCAGGCUGUAGAUUAGAAUUUCUUAAGAUUUCCCUAAAAGAAAAACUAACUAGUCCACAGCCAGAAUACAGUGUGGAGUUGUAUUUAUUAGACAGUAUAGUUACAUAAUGGUUCAGUGUGUAUCUUAAGUGGUUAUUAUGUAAAGAUAUAUAUAUAUAUUUCUUGUAAAAAGCUUUACAGAGUUAUAUUGAAAACAUUCAUUUGUAUUGUUUUCAUUUGCAAGGUACUCAAUGAUAUGGUACGUAAGAGUUAUCAAAUCAAGUAUUAUUUAAUGUCAUUUCAAUUUUCUAAAUGUUUAAAGGUUAUGUAUGGUCUCAGUAUUAUAUGAUGAAUUGCCUUUCACAUUUGAGCUUUGUUUUAUUCACCACUGAUCAGUUUAAUUAAUGUGGCGUUAAUGUGACAUCAAAGGUUAUUACUGACUGUCCGUAAUCUGUUGAACUCUGUUGCACUGUAAACAUAGAGAAUUAAAGCAAGAAAAUUCAAGCUUUGUAUAGUUUUUUAAAAAUGUAGUCAGUGUUUCUCGAUGUCACUUCAUCUGUCUCAUUAUCCUCCAAAGAAUUUGGGAAUAAUAAGAACUUCAGGCAGAUCAUUUCCUAAAGGCACAGAAGGCUGAGACGGUCUUAGUGUUUACUAUCACAGUGUGUAAGCUAGAAAGGGGAAGUGGAAGACCCAGGUUGUAUUGUUAACCCUCCCAGUGUGUGUUUUCUACUGAGUAAUCAAUUUGUCAAUAAAGGAUUUUUAAAAAGCA